CCUGACGUCACACCCAAACAGGAAGUGCUCCCUGCUUAUCAGACAAUUGAUGGAGUAAAUAUCGACAAAUUCAUUAAUUAUAAGUGGUUAACAUGUCUCAAGAUCCCUGGUUACAGAAUUAUGAAGCCACUUGCCGCCUUGUCCAAGAAAUUGCAGAGAACAUUCAUGAAAGAAACAGACAACAGAGGACAAGAGGGAAUCCUGCAAAGAUGAACAUGACACUGCGAGCGUCGCUACAGAAGCUGAAACAGAACAUCAACCAGCUCAGAGAGAGUUUGCUCCGAGUCUCGUCCUCCCGGCGCAUAAUGCAGUCGGAAGCCGAUCGGAGACAGAACCUUGUUGACGACCUGGUCACCAGGGACAAGCAGCUAAAUGCCACGUUCAAGGGUGACGUUACACAGCCAGAGCCCUCGAGGUCGACCCUGAUGGCAGGGGCGGGGGGAGAAGGAGGGGCCGCGGCCAACCCCUGGCUGGUCAACGAGCCAGAGGAGACCAGGGGCCUGGGCUUCUCCGCGAUCAAACAGCAGCAGCAGCGCAUCGUCGAAGUUCAGGAUGCUGGGUUGGAUGCGUUAGCCGCCGUCAUCAGCCGACAGAAGCUGAUGGGUCAGGAUAUAGGCAACGAGCUGGACGAGCAGAAUGAAAUCAUCGAUGACCUCACCCACCUGGUGGACAAGACGGAUGACCGGAUCCGCAACGAGACACGAAGGGUUAAGCUGGUGGAGACCAAGUCGGCUUCCUGCGGGAUGCUGGUGGUGAUCGUGCUCCUGCUCAUUGCUAUAGUGGUGGUUGCUGUGUGGCCCACCUAACGAAGAGGCUGAGGGGAGCGUUUUGGACGUCGCACCGUCCGUCGGAUGAACCCUGAGACUGCGUAGAGAGCUUACAGGGGAGGCGAGGUGCAGUUCUAAUGGUAUCAUUUGUCUUGGGAUUUGAUCAUGUUUGUAGGAUAAUGCCAGCCAAAACAAAUAACACGUAUGACUGUGUCACUUUUUAACAUGAUGUGAAUCAGUUUAGCUUAAUGCAACCGUGUCAUUUCUAAUAAACAACAGUUACAGUUAACAGCACGAUCCGUGGACUCCUUGCUGUAAAGACAUUAGUGUUAUCUACUAAGGAUAAUGUACUGUAUCUAUAGCAUACUCUGCGUUCUUCCACUCUGUCAAUUUAAAAGCCUUGCAGAUGCUCCGAAAGGUUGGGAGAUGCUCGCUUGCGUCCGUGUGAACAGUGUAGCUAACAGUAUAGCUUCGAUCUACACCCAGCAUGCUUAGCCCUCUACUGUACUGCCCUAAGUCGCACAUGGAGCUGUUGAUAGAAGUAUGUAUGUUACGCCCAGGACUCCGGCUUCAGAGAUCCAAAGGAGACAUUGAAUGAUUUAAGACGAUAGAGAAAGAGUCACACCAGUGGCGACUUAACAGGAGUUUAUUUCAACUGAAUUCUGGUUUAGUUCUACCAGCUUGGUGUUCAGUAGUUAUUGUUUCCUUCUUAAAAUCACAACCAUCUAAACAGCCACAAACAAGUUUUUAAAAAAGGCAAAAAAUACAGAAUAAAAUCCACAAUGUCUCGUGUCAUUAAAUAUAUCCAUAUAUAAUAACCAUAUAUUAGUACACAUCGUAAAACAAACAUCGCAAAAAAAGGUUUUGCAAUGGCCAACACAGCUAAACAACAUUUACAAUUUAAAAAGUAUGAACAAAAGCAACGUUUUGACAGGUCUGCGGUUGUCAUAUUUCAUCAAAGAGGAGGUCAUUGUCAAUCCAUUGCUUGGAACACUGAUCUAAAAUUUACAUCAUGGGGAUACAGAGACAUAAAUGGGAAAAAAACUAUUGAGGUUUGAUUAUAUAUAUUAUGUGCCAAACAGAAAUACAUUUACAUUUAAUGUCACGAGUAUGGAUAUAACGAUGAAAGGAAGUAACAUGUAAAUGUAUGUAUAAAUACGUGUAAAAUGUCAUCUGUAUAUUUCGAUACACCAGCACAAAGCAUGUGUAACUGAUCUGUACACAAAGAAAAACGGUAUGGAACACAGAUGCUGGCAAUCAGACCCUCAAUGUACAUCUAAUUGGUUUGAAAUAAAAGAAAUAUGUGGUUUUAAUUGAUUUGGGGAUAAUCAGGUGAUUGAAUUACAUGAUUUUUCCUCCUAGUUCUCGUUUCACCCUCUUCGAAUCGCUCUGAACUUAAUUAAUUUGACAGCCUUGUAAGAGACAUUGAAUAAUGUCUGCAGCUGUUGAAUAGCUGCCGCUACGGCAUCCAUAUUAGGAAUUCCAUGUUAGGAAGACCACUGACAGUUUUGCCUGAAAUCUGACAACUUGCUAAUAUGGAUGCCGUACCACACUCAAGACAGAAUUUUCAAGAACUCUAGAGUGGCAGGCAGUCCAGCAUGUAACAUGUAUAUCUUAUGCACAAGGGUGAGGUCUAUGGGCGGUUAAGUGGGGUGGGGGGGUAUGAAGCAAGAGUUUAGAGCGCUGACUAAUAAUGCUUGUGUAAUAAUGUUUGGAACAGUUCCCUGUCCGUCAGAGGUAAACUGCACUCUUCCAUUUCUGUUGCCUCAAUACAACAAGAAAAUACAUGCUGUUCUUAGGGGUGCACUCUGUCCAUUCUCUUUGCUAAAAUCUACAAUCAAUAAAUUGAAGUUAAUAAUAGUUAUAUUAUUGAGAAUUUUCACAUAAAAAUACUACCUAUUCAGAUUUUUUAUUGUUGGCUGCCAAUGCCUUUUUUAGUACCUUGGGGAAGAGGCUUGUUUCAAUUACAAAUGCUUUACACAUUGUGAUUUAAAAAAUAUAUAUAAUUGCAUCCAAAAUAGGGUGAAUUUAAUACUACACAGAAACAAUUCUGUGCCAAUUGGUGAAUAGCCUACAGUAUUAGGAAAUAUUGUUCCUAGGGAGAGGUCAUAUAAAUAUGUACAUUGUAACGCUUUCAAUUCAAUAUGUACCAAUAUCUCACUGCUUGGUUAACAUUCUCUGAAAACGAUCAGAUUUGUGUUGUAGCUAAUCUAUUUGAAACCUUAGGUAUGAUAAGGUUUUUUAUUCACAUCAUUGCAAAUGCUUCCUUUUGGUUUUGUGUAAAGCAUGUGUACUGUAUAAUAAUAGUAAUGUCAAUUCAUAUUUCAUAAAUGUACACCUUCAAUAUCAAAUAAAAAACACAUCUAUAUACUAAAUCUGGGCAACAUGGGGAAGAACCACACUGCUUUCUGUCUCUUAGAAGGACUGGCUCCUAAAUCACUUGAUCAUUAAAUAUAUACUGAACAAAAAUAUAAUCGCAACAUGUAAAGUGUUUUAUGAGCUGAAAUAAAAGAUCCCAGAAAUGUUCCA